AUGGAGCUCUCACAAUAUACCGACGCCCAAUUGCAGAAGUACCACUUUCGUAGCGGAAGCGGCGACCUUGACACGUUCCUGCGCAAGCCUUCCCUCAUCGAGAUGCGCGACUCACCGGUCAGUCCUUCAAAUCUUACGCCAAUUGACUUCAGUGGAUCUGGGUCACCAGCAUUCCUGCGUCCGCAAACGAGAACGAGGCAGUGGUGGUGUCUCGCGGCGCCGACCUUCGUGAGCGCGUGGUGCCUUCCUUCCCUAACAUUAGUGACCGAUCUCGUCACACGAAUGAAGGAGAUUGAGAAAGGCGUUGAGUGGAAGAAGGUGGUCCGCGAGCGAGCGCAAGCAGACACGAUUGCGGCUUUUAAGGCACUCAGCUUGGAAAAGAAUUUCACACAUGGCAAGUGGCUGCUUUAUCCCUCGCACGAGCACGUUGACGCUGUCUGGGCGCGGGUGGCAAAGUCAGUCGACGGUGGCCCACUGAAGAAGGCGGGAGCCACGGGAGCUAAGGUUGCGACCACCGAGAGUGCCGAGCAGUCGCAUGUCAUCUGUGUGUACUAUGACAAUGUUUACGACAAGGAGAAGACGGAGAAGAUUCUGAUUGCCCUCCUCAACCAUGGGCUGGAACCAUCGGCGGUGAAGUCGGACCUCUACACACUCAUUGGACUCGACAGCAAACAUCCCGCCAAGCUGAGGAGCAGCGUGUGGCGACCUCUUGAUUUCAUGUCCAAGGAAGAUAGCAAGACUUUGAAAGAAGGAUGGAACAAAGAGAGGGAACUGGCAUUCUAUGAAGGCAGCGGUAAGCUUGGGUGGAUCGUACACGAGCUGACGGAAGGAAACGAGGUAGAUUCGGAACAGACUAAACGCGCUCCCCCUGCUGCUGCCGAGCCGGCCCCCAAGCGAAUCAAAAGCAAGGCCUGGUUUGGUUCCGGAGCUCCUGCUUCUCCGAGCGUGAACGCUCACCCACGCCGCGCCGGCCCCUUCCUCUGCAUUCUUUCCGGUAACCGCGACGCCUUCCACCGCCCUCUGCGCCGCCACCCCUCCAGCUGCGUGUCGUGGGCUUUGUCGGCGAACAGUUUCCCCCACACAGCGGACCAGCUCCUUUGUAUUCGCACGGGCUCUGCGCGGUCCCCAAUCACUUCGGCCGAUCCUCCACCAGGCUGCCCGGCCGACUUUUUCUCAGCACUCGAUGUUCUCUUCGAGGGUCGGGAGGGUCGCCUGCAGGCGCUCGUGGCAAUGGGCCUCACGGUCCUACCACUACACACAGAUGACCUCGUGGCUCUUACACGAGGUGUAGGGGCAGACGAACACUCUCUGCUCUUUGCGAGCCGGUACCAGCAGCGCGAGAAAUCCGAGGUGAUGAACUCGUGCAACGUAGCUUUUCUGCACCGCUGCAUCACCGCAACAUUCGUUCCUCUGGAGAGGGUCCUGGCGGAUCGCCAAAGGGCAGGCGAGGACAUCGACGGUGACGCACUUAUCUGCUCCAUGGGUGGUGUCAUGGCGGAACUGCGAGGCCUGUCCGCCCUGGCGGCCAAGGACGUGGACAGCGACCGCAAGCGAGCAAUGCCAGAAGUCGCCUGUGAGUAUCCCGAUGAAUACUUAGGCAACGAUGUCGCUGACGGUACUCGACUGCAGCUGGCAGUGCGAGUCCAGGCUCCUACAAAGCGUCGAUCGUCGGCCUCGCCCAAGGCUUCCCACAAGAAACGUCUCUGCCAAGAUGCGGCGCAGGCCGCUGGCAUGAACGACGUGUUUGACUCUUCGGCAAAGCUGCAGGUGCCAAGCCAGCGUCAAUCGUCCCGCUCGCUGAGCUUGCCACUCAGUCACCUCACGGCCUCUUCUGAAUUCGACAAGAACCGCGGGCAUACGCCUUGGCACGAAGAUAUCUUGGCUGGUCUCGGUGAUCCGGAGAUCGGCCUGGGUGGCUUCGUCCGCACGUCCGGGCACUACCGCGCCACCGGCCCAACGGCAGCCAGCCUCUGCCUGAAGCUGAUUGAGGUUGUGGAUCACGCCGAGCGCGAAUACCUACCGGCGGCGAACGUGCACCGACUGUUUUGCGAACGCACCGGCUGUGCGCUCAACCCCAUCGUCGGCAAGCCACCGCACCCCGACUGCCCGCCGGGCUUUUACUCUCCUGCGGCAGUGCUCGAGGCUGGCCAGGAGGGCGAGCUCGAGGUACUGGUGGCGGCGGGCCUGACCGCCCUGCCGCUGCACAUACCCGACCUGCUCUCGCUGGCCGAGGGCGUCGGUAACGACCCCGACGCCCUGCUGGUGGUGUCCCGUUGGCACCAAGGCACCCAGGCAGAGGAGGGAGAGCUCACCGCUUACAACCUGCAGUAUCUGCAUCAGUGUUUGCGGGCGGUUCUACCACCCUUGGAGCGGGUCCUCGUCGGGCGCUACCAGCGCGCCGACGUCGUGCCGGAGCACCUUCUGUGCACUGCGGGUGCGGUAAUGGCAGUGUUGCGGGCGCUCAUACUCCUCGCAAGGGCCAUCUCGCGUGCCCUCGUCUGCCCCGCUACAGGGCGCGACGGGGUAGAACACUGGUUGGAUGCGAGCUCCGAAUACCAAACGGGCCCGGCCACGCGACCGUGGUACGCGGACGUGAUCGACGCAUUCCGAGCGAUGAAACCCAGUCUGUCCUCGCUGACGGAGAGCGCCGAGAACAUGCGCAAGAGAGGCAGCCUCGGUCUAGGCGGCUUUGCACGAAUCUCUGAAAAGUGGCGCAAGGAUGGUGGGACAAUGCCACCUGAACCGGCGGCAAAGCUGGAAGGUAUCUCCAGCCAGGUCAUCACCGAGUACUUUUCCGACGCGCGCGUCUUCCAGCUGGUGAGCGUACGAGCUGAGUGCGGGAUCGCACCUUUGGAGAACGCCAAGGUUGCGGAGGCGUGCUCCCACCGAUUCUUCACCCCAUGGUCGGUCAUGAGGAGUGCGCUCGGUGGGGAGUGCGACGUGGUCGUUGCAGCUGGACUGGGUGCCUUGCCGCUCCACCCCAACGACCUUAUUGGUCUGACCGCAGCGGUGGGGAACAAUCCGGAGGCUCUGUUCUUUGUGAGCAAGUGGGAGCAGGUCGUGAAGAACGAGCGCCACACGCUGUACCGCGCAUCGUACCUUGCCCAAGCUGUCGAGAAGGUUUUCAGCGCCCUCAGGCGUGUGACAGUUACGACCGACAUGGGGCAGGGACGUGUCCACUCCGGUUCCGUUGCGACUGCCAUCCGGAACGUGCUGCAUGGGUUGCACGCUCUCUUCGCGAGUAACGCACACCAAGCCGCGUUAACCGAACUGGCGAUUGAGUACAUCAAGCGCGUGGGUGCCUCGCUUAGGAGCGACAACAGCCUGCAGAACGUGCAGCGUACGCGCCCCAAGAAUUCGUCGUCAGCUUCAAGUUCCGCGACGGCCGCCCCUGUCUCCGCAGAGCCCCCGGUACCAGACGCACUGUCGCGAUAUCGUGAAAUGGCGACCCCCGCGCAGACGUCAACCGCCGUCCUACCGCCUGGGCAAGAGUACCUUGAGUGGAUCAACCCGGACGGCAAGACCCGUUUCGUCUGCGCGCAGUCCCACUGCCGCCUCGCGCUCAAGAACAAGCAGGGCGCGCAAAAGCACGUGGAAGACAAGGUGUGCCGCCAAGAUCGCCCUCGCCAGGUGCGUUCCAGCAACGAGAUCGCACCCCUCGACGACCCACAACUGGCAGGUCGAUGGAUUGAGUGGGAGCACGCCAACGCCCACACUUGUGUGGCCCAUGACGAGUCAGAAAUCGUCGGCGAGUUGCCAGAUCUAGCUGUCCGUGGCCAGGAUUGGAGCAGUGUCAUUGACAGACAGUUGGGUGGAGUCCCCACCUUUGAAUGGCUGAGUGUUCGCGGCGAGAGUGGCCGCAAAGCGGCUAAGAACGCCAAGGUCCCAGGAGGCUUGUCCGCCCGUUUUGUGACCACCUGCACCUGA